AUGGCUUCUCUCCAGUCUGCUGCAUCCAAGUUACAGAAAGUCGGUCAGCUACUAGACUCCCUCGAGCAGGACCUGCAAGAGAAGAAGUUGACAUCGUCGCAAAAAACCCAAUAUCUCCUUCAACUCCGCGAACAUGGCGCCACACCCCCCUAUGCCGGGCCAAUAUACUCCAGCAAGGGUAUCAAUAUUUUGGCACAAUACGGGGUGGAAGGUGAGACAUCCGAUGUGUGCCGUGCUGCCCUGAGAUGUGUCGCAAAUGCUCUUUUCCUCAAAGAGGACAUGCGACAGGUAUUUGUGGACACAGGUUAUGGCGGCAGACUGGCUGAAAGGCUCAGGCUAGAAAACUCCGACGAUGAGAUGCCCGCCAGUCGAAUCCUCUUCCUGUCAACAUACAACACUACAAUGGAUUUUGAUAAAUUGAUCAAGAACCAUUCUCUUGGAGAAAAUAUCAUUUAUCAACUUACCCGACAUGCAAAUCAAUUCCCCAAAUCUGGCGGGGAACCGUUGACACAAAUGGAUCAGAUGGCUCUCACUGAAACCCUGAAACUGAUCUUCAACAUAUCCAAGCUUUAUGAUCUGGGUGCCGCCUUCUCUCCCGCCAUUCCUUCUAUUUUAAAGAUCAUUAGCCGAAUUGAAAUCCCAACGAGGCCAUUGGAUGGUUUAAUCGGCCAGCUCAUCAAUUCACUCUUCGUGCUUGACAUAGAAGAAAAGAAUGGCAAGCUCUCCGGGAGUAAUCCUUUGUUUCCCGCCUUCGACCCAAAAUGCAACAUCGACAAAUUGAUCAAAGUUCUUGAUCAGAGCGUUUCCGUUUAUAGCCCCGACGAACUGAAUAAGAUGGCCGUGCCAUUAUUGCAUUCCCUCAUCGUCAUCUAUGGGGUCGCCCCUGAAGAACUGCGCAAGCAUAUGCAAUCGCUGCUCUUGCCGGCGGACAGUGAUCGUAGCGAGCCCAUUGGACGCUCCGAUACACUUGCAUCCCGGCUCCUGAAAUUAUCGACGGGCCCAAAUGAAUAUCUCAAGACUGGAAUCUCGGAGCUCAUGUUUGUUCUUGCUGACAGGGAUGCCGAGAAUCUCACACGGAGGAUCGGCUAUGGCUUUGCAGCAGGAUUUUUGGCAUCUCGAGGAAUGGAGGUCCCUAAAAGCGCCAGCGAAGCUUAUGCAGAUGGUGCCACCGAACUUGAUGCCGUCAAUCCGAUUACCGGUCAGCGAUGGACUGCCGAGCCGAAGGACUCGGGUCCACCCAUGACUAAGGCGGAGAAGGAGAGAGAGGCAGAAAGGUUGUUUGUCCUAUUUGAAAGAGCAAAGGCAAAUGGUCUUUUGAAUGUGGAGAACCCUGUCACUCAGGCCCUUCACGAAGGACGGUUCGAAGAAUUGUCUGAUGAUACUGAUAGCGAUUAA